AUGUCGAAGAGGUCCGUGGAUGGCAGCACAGCUGUGCCAGAGAGCGCAUUGUCAGACGAUGACAUGGAAACGUCCUCAGGGCGAUCGAAUCGGACGCAGUCGCAGCUAGGAUCAGGGCGAGUAGCCCGCAACAUUCGCCGAACCUUGCUACACCAUGCAGGCUCCGAGGCAGAGAAGGAAUCGAUCCGUGGUCUGACCAACCAGCAGUUGCUAACCAGGAGGGACGGGCAUCGCCAAGCGGGUGCCGCUGCUGCGAUUUUCCCGACAGCUGGUGGGGAACAGCAGCCGAAGCUGGAUGCUGGCAUCGUGUAUGGUGACCUGGUGAGACAGCAAGUGAGCGUGGCCAGUAUGAUGGAGAUGUUCUUGGAGAGCCUUCAGAACUUCGAGGCGGAGCUCAGCAGCAUGCACUUCUCCAGCGCAGAGUUAGAGGUCGCCGGGAAGAUCACGUCCUUGUGCGGACGGUGCUGCAUGUGCGACAAGGUGGCCUCAGAUGCACACCUGACGUCAAAGGUGCAUGAAAUGAAGCUGAAAGAGACAGCAUUGCUUGUGCGGAUGCUCGGCGAGCCGAAGAAGUUUGGUCAUGUGUUUCGUUUCGGUGGUGGAUGUGUCGGGCCCCUGACACAGGAGAACAUAAAGAACUACUGGGGGGAAGUCGAGAAUCUCAUCAAAGCCGCCCGGAACAAAUCACAUUUCCAUCUCAAAGCGACAGGCGCGGCGAGCAGCAAAGUCGUGCCGCGGACGGCACGGCAGUUCGAAAUAGUGGUGGUCAGCUAUGAUCCCACCCAAGGCUGCAAAGCCUAUCGCACAUCGUCGCUCGCCGUCGACUGGUGCAACGUGCCAGCGACGGCCGCGACGACAACGAUGCCUGCAUUGCCACCUGGGCAGACAUGGUGGCCGGUGGUCCGACUUGGUCUCGACCCCUUGCCUGGCAAGCAUGUUUCGGACGGCGAGUUGGAGGCUUAUUGCUGCGUCUAUCAGCUGCUGCAGGAUCCGGCUCCGGCUUGGUGGUUCGGAUGA